UUUCUACAACGUCUCUUUGCAGGUUCAGGAAGCUGCGAGUUCUUUCCCGUCAGCCCCUGCCAGAGCACACCACAUGUUCCUUAGAGUUAGGCGAAGAAUGAAAGUGGCCAGCAGCUGAGACACUGACACUGUCCUCUUGAAGCCCCCAAACUCCUACACCCUUGGAGGGACGAUGUGGGCGAGGAAUCUUAUGGCAAGGGCCUUAUAUGACAAUGUCCCAGAGUGUGCUGAAGAACUGGCCUUUCGCAAAGGGGACAUCCUGACCGUCAUUGAACAGAACACAGGCGGCCUUGAAGGAUGGUGGCUGUGCUCCUUACACGGAAGGCAAGGCAUUGUGCCCGGCAACCGGGUGAAGCUGCUCAUCGGCCCUGUGCAAGAGGUUCCCUCCAGUCAUGACCAGCCUCCCGCUGCGCUGCUGCACCAGGGCUUCGGCCAGCAAAACCGCUAUCAAAUGCCCAACCCACAGGCGGCUCCUCGAGAUACCAUCUACCAAGUACCACCUUCCUACCAGAGCCAGGGGAUUUACCAGGUACCCUCGGGCCAUGCGAGCCAAGAGCAAGAUGUCUAUCAAGUGCCACCGUCAGUGCAGAGGAGCAUCGCGGGGGCCAACGGGCCACACCUGGGUCAAAAGGUGAUAACCCCGGUGAGGACUGGCCAGGGCUACGUGUACGAAUACCCACCCCGAUACCAAAAGGACGUCUAUGAUAUCCCUCCUUCGCACAGCACCCAAGGGGUCUACGACAUCCCACCCUCAGCCGUGAAAGGCCCCGUAUUCUCAGUUCCAAUGGGAGAGAUCAAACCCCAAGGGGUGUAUGACAUCCCUCCUGCUGCGGGGGUCUAUGCCUUUCCACCCUCUGCCUGCCAAGAGGAGGCUGGGUUCAAGGACAAAGAAUAUGACUUCCCACCUCCCAUGAGACAGGCUGGACGGCCAGAGACCAGGCCUGAAGGUGUUUAUGACAUCCCGCCGACAGGUGCCAAGCCAGCAGGCAAGGACCUCCACGUGAAGUAUAGCUGUGAUGUUCCGGGGGCUGCGGAGCCCGCAGUGCACAGGCACCAGGGCCUCUCCCCUCACCACCCACAGCUGGGAACCCCGGGCCCUCAGAAUGACGCCUACGACGUCCCCCGAGGGGUUCAGUUCCUUGAGCCCCCAGCAGAAACUGUCGAGAAAGCAAAUCCUGAAGACAGAGAGGGCGUGUACGAUGUCCCACUGCACAACGCUCUGGAUGCCAAAGGCUCUCGGGACCUGGUGGAUGGCAUCAACCGACUGUCUUUCUCCAGCACAGGCAGCACCAGGAGUAACAUGUCCACGUCUUCCACGUCCUCGAAGGAGUCCUCGUUGUCUGCCUCCCCUGCUCAAGACGAAAGGCUCUUCCUGGAUCCGGACACAGCCCUUGACAGGCUUCACCGGCUCCAGCAGGUCCUGGAGGCGGGCGUGGCCAGCCUGAUGGCACUGGUGACCACGGACUGGAGGUGCUACGGCUACAUGGAGAGGCACAUCAAUGAGAUCCGCACGGCAGUGGACAGGGUGGGGCUGUUCCUCAAGGAGUACCUCCACUUUGCCAAGGGAGCUGCAGCCAACGCCUCCUGCCUCCCGGAACUCACCCUCCAUAACAAAAUGAAGCGGGAGCUCCAAAGAGUAGAAGACUCCCACCAGAUCCUAAGCCAAACCAGCCAGGAUUUAAACCAGUGCAGCUGGUCCCUGAACAUCCUGGCCAUCAACAAGCCCCAAAACAAGUGUGAUGACCUGGACCGGUUUGUGAUGGUGGCCAAGACGGUGCCUGAUGACACAAAGCAGCUCACCACAACCAUCCAUGCCAAUGCAGAGGUGCUCUUCAGACUGGGCCCCGGCAGCUCACAGCUCAAGAACGGGCCUGAGGGCAUGAUAAACUCAACUGAGUAUCCUCGCGGUGGCUCCCACCUGCAGCCACUGCCAUCUGGUGACCCCAAGGCCCAGACCCACAGCAAACCGCUGCCCCCCAGCAUGGGCAAUGAGCAGGGCCCCGACUGCAGCAGCAGUGAUGGCUCCGAGAGGAGCUGGAUGGAUGACUAUGAUUACGUCCACCUGCAGGGAAAGGAGGAGUUUGAGAGGCAGCAGAAGGAGCUCCUGGAGAAAGAGAACAUCAUCAAACAGAACAAGAUGCAGCUGGAACACCAUCAGCUGAGUCAGUUCCAGCUGCUGGAAGAGGAAAUUACAAAACCCGUGGAGAAUGACAUCUCCAAGUGGAAGUGCUCUCAGAGUCUCCCAGCCACAAGCAGUGGUGUGGGCGCGCAGGACAGGCAGCUGCUUUGCUUCUACUACGACCAGUGUGAGACCCAUUUCAUUUCCCUUCUCAACGCCAUUGAUGCGCUCUUUAGUUGCGUGAGCUCGGCCCAGCCCCCAAGGAUCUUCGUGGCGCACAGCAAGUUUGUCAUCCUCAGCGCACACAAACUCGUGUUCAUUGGGGACACGCUGACGAGGCAGGUGGCUGCCCAGGACAUCCGGACCAAAGUGAUGAACUCCAGUAACCAGCUCUGCGAACAGCUCAAGACGAUAGUCAUGGCGACCAAGAUGGCCGCGCUGCACUACCCUAGCACCACGGCCCUGCAGGAGAUGGUCCACCAGGUCACAGACCUGUCGAGGAACGCUCAGCUCUUCAAGCGCUCUCUGCUGGAGAUGGCGACCUUCUGAGAAGAAAACAAGGACGUAGGGACCGAGGGAAGGGUGGCUAAGGAAAACUGGAAAUGCUGUCUGGUUUUUGUGGGGUUUUUUUUUUUUGUAAAUGGUAUCUAUUUUUGUAGAUAUUUUAUAUGAAAACGAGAUAUUUUAAUGUUUCAAGGGUUAGACAACCUUUUAGAAUUUCAGGGAGCUGGAGAAGAAAAUCGCGUGUUUUUGUUUCCCCCUGUGUGGUUCUUGGGUGUCUAUGGAAGUACCUACGACGGAAGCUGUACAGAGAGCUGUCCACGUGCCUGUGUGCGCAUCUACAUUUAUGUCUGUAGCUGUGUAUCUGAUACAUUCCAUUGUUUAAAAAAUGAAUUCAGAAGCACCUUUGUAAGCA